GUACACACAGCCUUUAUCUGAACCUAAGAUAGGGAAGCAGCAAGCAAUCCCUUCCUUCUUCCAUGGCGGCCAUAUACCCCAAAUCACUCUGUUCAUUUCCAUCCACCUCCACCUCCGAAUCCUGCUGCUUCUUCGCCACCAGGAAUCCCCGCCGCUCCAGAUUUAGGGUUUCAUCCAAGAUUCAUGCUUCUUCCGCCGACCAGUUUCUGCGGAAUAAUUCUAUUGCGGAUUUCAUGAGGUUCAGGAGAGACACCAAUUCCCAGUUGCAGACUGCUAUUGUUAGAUAUCGCAAGAAAUUCCCUUGGUCCAUUCUCCAACCUUUUCUUCAAGUCGAUUUGGUCUCAACAAUUCAUAUCGCCGAUAAGGAGUAUUUUGCAACAUUGCAAAAUGUACUCGAGACGUAUGAUUGUGUUCUUUAUGAGAUGGUUGCGAGUCGAGAAAGUCUAGAAAACCGAAGGAAUCAUGAGGCUAAAAAGAAAGUUAAGGGCCAAGGAUUUAAUAUUAUUGGUUGCAUUCAGCGUCAGAUGGCUAAGCUCCUUAUGCUAGAUUUUCAAUUGGACUGUCUUGAUUACCAAGCUGGGAAUUGGCUUCACGCCGAUCUUGAUCUUGAAACAUUUAAAUUACUUCAGCAAGAAAAGGGCGAGAGCCUCUUUACAUUUGCUCGAGAUAUGACACUUAAAUCUACAAAAGCAAUAGUGCAGCCCACUCUUGUUCGGGAAGAUCUUGGUCCUUGGAGAUCCAAACUUUUGUGGGCCUCUCGUGUCAUUCCAAUGCCUCUCGUUGGUCUGCUUAUUAUUGGGGGUGUCUGUGCUGAUGUGGGGAGUAACAAGGAGUAUCCUGAACUAGAAGCCUUGUCCAGGCUCGAUUUUGGCGCUGCAAUGAAAGUUUUCCUCGCUAAGAGGCUAACAUCUGACUUCACACAGGUGACAGCCGAUGUCGAAGAGGAUUCUGUUAUUAUCGGUGAGAGAAACAAAGCAGCCACGGCAGCACUCUCCCGGGCAAUCGAUGGCGGCAACAAUAAGAUUGCCAUACUAUACGGUGGCGGGCACAUGCCUGAUUUGGGGCGCCGGCUGCGCGAGGAGUUCGACCUCAUCCCCUACCAGGUGCAGUGGAUUACGGCAUGGUCCAUAGCCAACAAGAAUCUUAAGGUCACUUCUUUACCAUUCCUUAAAAGGCUUGCUCGAUUCCUCGGCUGGCCCCUGAAUCGAUACCAGACUCUUGCUCUGCUCAUUCUCUCUUCAGUUCUUGCUUUGGAUCUCUGGUUUUGGGAGUUGUUUUUCGAUACCACCGUGAAUUGGAUCUCCAAUGCCUCGACUAACUUGUUGCAUUCCUUAGAUAGCUCACAGAUUAUGUGAUCGAGUCGAGCUCCCGGGCGAUCGACGUUCGACAUUUUUUUUUUCUUUUUUGUAAAUACUGUAAGCUAUGUUGUUCUGAAAGUUUAUUUGAAGUUUGUUCUAAUUAUUGCUCAGGGCAAUGCUGUCUUGGCCUUUA